CUCAGAGAGCAGGUUUCAGUCACAAUGUCUGAGCACUACGACUGCACCGAGUGUACAAAGUCCCUGUACGGGCAAAAGUACAUCCUGAGAGAGGACAAGCAGUACUGCGUCAAGUGCUACGAGGAUCUUUUCUCCAGCAACUGCGAAGUGUGCCAGAAGCUCAUUGGCUGCACCAGCAAGGAUCUGGCCUACAAGGACCGCCACUGGCACAGCGAGUGCUUCCUCUGCAUUAAGUGCAGCCGCUCGCUGGUGGAUCGGCCUUUCGCCACCAAGGACGACAUGCCGAUGUGUGUCGAGUGCUACAGCAGCGAGUACUCCUCCAAAUGCCAUGCGUGCCUGAAGACCAUCAUGCCAGGCUCCAAGAAGAUGGAGCACAAGGGCAACAGUUGGCACGAGAACUGUUUCUCUUGCAACCGCUGCCAGCAGCCGAUGGGCACCAGGAGCUUCAUCCAGAAGGAUGCCAACAACUACUGCCUGCCUUGCUAUGAGAAGCAGUUUGCUAUGCAGUGCGUCCACUGCAAGAAGCCCAUCACCACUGGAGGAGUGAACUACCGCGACCAGCCCUGGCACAAGGAGUGCUUCGUUUGCAUCGGCUGCAAGCAGCAGCUGGCCGGCCAGCGGUUCACCUCUCGGGACGACUUCGCCUACUGCCUCGACUGCUUCUGCAACCUGUUCGCCAAGAAAUGUGCUGCCUGCACCACCCCGAUCAGCGGUCUCGGUGGCAGCAAGUACAUCUCGUUUGAGCAGCGUCAGUGGCACAACGACUGCUUCAACUGCAAACGGUGCUGCGUGUCUCUGGUGGGUCGAGGUUUCCUGACGUGCAAAGAUGACGUCCUCUGCCCCGACUGCGUCAAAGACUUCUGAGUGAUCUCCAAGAGUUCGUCCAAGAUGAGCACUGGCAGUAUUCUCCUAACCCAUCAUUUACUGGUUUCUCACACUUUAACCUGUUCUUACCGCUAAGGUGUUUUCUGCAUGAUAUUGUGUUUAACGCAAAUGAGUUGAAGCCUUCAUUCCAAAAUGUAGUUUUUAUUCUGUUUUGCUGAAUGUAUUUGUGUUUCUCAGAAACAUUCCUUGAAAGCAAAGUCAAGAAUCCUAAAAGGAUUAUUGACAUAUCUAAUUUUGGAAUGAAACUCUGUGUGGCAUUAAAAUAACCACGUUUGACAGCUUUAUUAGAGCAUAUUAAGAGAAUGUUGUGUUGUGGCAAUUGCUCUUAACAGAGUUAAUAUAAUACUACUAAUACUGUUUAUUCUAAUUACAUAAAUUUUGUUUAACGAAAUUACAUCUGCCAAUAAAGAUUUUGUGGAUUUGAUAAAUGCCUAUUGCCAUAAAUGAUGCUGCUUGUCAUGAAAAUAUGAUAAAAUGCGCUAUAGGAUGCUC